CAAGCUGCGCACGACUAUAGACCGUCACACACUAUUCUGGGUAACGAUAACGAACCGGGUUCGCGGAACUACUGUGACGUCACAUGCAGCUUGUGAUCUCAUCAUGGCGCGCUGACUGCGCCUUGUGUCCUUCUCCCCUAACAACACUCCUUCUUCUUUCUUUAGGCAAAUCUUUAUGGACCUAAAUUCUGUUUCCGUAAGAACCGCUAGUGUCCUCACGUCUCCCUUUGAUGUGAGUCAUUAUAUUUGUCUUUGAAAACAUGACACACGAAAGUCGGCAACAAAUCAUACAAGAAAUCAUGGAUAACUUGGGGGAAAGUGUCGAAUGUGACCAGUUAGUCAACAAACUGGCUGACAAACAGAUCAUCUCGACAGAUGACGUCAUGAGAAUCACCGGUACUGAAGACAAGGACAAGAUGAAAGAACUUGUUCAAGUUGUCAUGGAAAAGGGUGAUGAACUCCACCCUUUAGCCCUAAAAAUCGUUGAGGCGCUGAAGCAUCCCAACCAGCAAACCACAAGGAGGACGGAUCAAGCCAUGGAUGCAGUUACUAACAGAUCAGGUACUGUUGCUGCACCACCGUCGAGCGACAGGCGCAUUCUAUCGAACAGUGAGGUCUCCAAUAAUUGGGCUCUGAAGAAUUUUUUGUUUGACAUCUCCAAACAAAUGGGAAACGAAGAUUUGGAGUCGAUGAAGGAUAUCAUGUUCGGUGAACCAGGCUUUCAUCAUUCUGCGAUAGAGAAGAUUGACACUCCAAUGAAACUAUUCAGGCAGUUGAUGAACACAGGUCGUAUGAAUGCAUAUAAUCUACACUUCCUACAAGCAUUGGUGAGGAGGAUUGACAGGUUUGACCUGAAUUACAAAGUUCGCCAGUUUUGUUUGGAAAGUCACCACCAACCAAUUCAUUUCUUCGCACCAAGUGAACAACCAGAAAAUGGAUACAAAUAUGUGAAACAUCACAUUGAAGGUGGCAUCGAUCAGCUAACACAUUCACAACUAGAACAUCUACGAGCAGAGGUUGCCAACCUUCUGUGCAUACCGCCAAUGUUUGUUUUCGUCAAGGGUAUCGAGCCAGCAGAUAGUCUCUUGUUCACAUUCAUGGUGCGUGAAACAGAUGUCAGCAGCUUCAUCGCCAUCUACAGUUCUCAGGAGAUAUCACUGGUUCAUUUAUCUGUCUGUGUAGAAAUACAGGACGCCGAGUUAUCCCUGUCAGAAAUUUCCCCAACUCCGGAAAAGGAUCACAAACCAAUGUUUGACCAGUUGAAACACCUUCUUGAGCGAGAGCAGUGCCUCCAGAGGCAACUAGAAGAAAGGGAUGGGCGACUGGUAGAUCUUCAAGAGGAACUGGAUAGUAAGGAAGGCGAGAACACAGUAGAGCAGGUUCUACGAGGUGACAAGUGUGACAUGGACACUCAUCAAUUACACCAAAAGUACGAAUUGUACAAAAAUCUAUUUUAUAGAAUGGUGGAUGUACAGAAAACAAUGAUGCCAAAGGACCACAAGACUAGUGCCAAUGGCAUAGUUGGGUCACUAAAGGUAUCCAGUGCAUCCAGUCUAUUUAGACAUCUAUUGUCUCAAGCGAAGCAACGCUGUGAUACAGACUUGAUAAACAAACUGCUGGAUACAAAGACUGUAAUUGAAGACUCGUUACACGAGGAGAGAUUGCGGAGAAUGCAGGACAUUAUUGUGAUACUGUCAGAACAAGUGGAAGAACAGGCGGAAAUCAAUGCCAAUCUGAGAGCAUCCACUAACAUAGCUGGGGCAUCGUCAACUUUCCUGCAUGACAUCUUGGCAGUUCAGGAACAAACAAGGAACCACGCCAUCAAACAACAGCAAGAGGAGACACAUGUGUUGGAAAUCAGUAGUAUGAUAGGUCUGCAGGUGGCUCAUAGAAUGUACCCAGCUCCACAACAGAUAUCCAUCCCGCCUGAAUUUCAGUCAUUUCUGGCAAACAUUACAACUAAAGAUUUGACAAGCAAGGAAAGGUCUAGACUGAAGACCUUCCUCUGUUUCUCGGAUCCCGAGAAGGAACAACUGAUCCAGAACCCGGAGAAGCUUCUUGAACUGGCAUUUCUAAGGGAACUCCGCAAGGGUAGACUAGGAGAACCUACGGAAACCAUUUUGGGGGACAUUUUAGCGAAGAUAAGAAAAAGAUAUCUUGUGGACCGAUAUUACAAGACUCCUGACCAACAGCCUGCAUUGAUAAAACUACGCUCGGCAGAGAGGAGAAGUGUUCCUGCAAGGUCCAAUACGCCUCAACGAAUAAAAAAGGAAAGCGAAUCAAGCACAAUGUGAUGUUGUGGAAGUAGAUAGACAGUAGCCCCCUUUAUUAGACAGCAGUUGGAAACUAUUCACAGAGGUAUGAGUCGUUUCCGAAUGAGGAAAACAUAUUUCAGAUAUUCAGACUGGCGCAGCAUUGAUUUAAUUCAAUGUCACUGCUUGGUGAGAUUUAUUGAUAACGGAGACCAAGUGUAACAAACACACCAUGAUUUGUAUCCAUUGACUUAAAUAAGGCUAUAUUCAAAGUUGAUUGUACGAUUCCGUCUGUAUCAUGAACAUGUGUUUAUGAAUCAAUUUCAAAAAGUGAUGAUACCAUGUGUUCGCGAAAAGGCGAAAGUGUCCUAUGGCACCCGUCACAAACACAUGCGAUGGCAAGUCAAGUGUUCACCUGAAAAAAGGGAACAUGGUACAAUAUACAUAUGUUUAUAUGAGGUUAUGCAACUACAACAAUUCCUACCAUAAUUAAUAUGCAAUUUCCACUUUAAACAUUUGUGUAGCUUGUCUGUACUAUGCUUCUUUUUUUAUAUAUCAGUUAAAGCACGUCUCGAUCGUUUGUAUAUAUUUUCAUUUACCAUGAUCUUUGAUGCUACCUUACCCUAGUCCACAGGUACGGAGAAACUACUUUGUGUCCGGUUCUGUAAUUCCUAACAUGUGUUCCUUUUGUAAUAUGUUAUUCCUUUUGUAUAACAUAAGUAUAUAUGUAAGUCUUAGGAAAUAAUUUGCAUUACACAUUUAUUUGAUCAAACAAUCCUACCCACAGUGCUUUGGCUAAUUUACCAACAAUGCAUUUCGGCUGGCCACGUCAUUGUUAUUCGCCAUAUUGAAGAGGUUUUCAGUCCUGACAUAUUUUUGUUUACCCACUAAUAUCCCUUUGAACAAGGCUCUGCUUCAAUUCGUCAUUUAUUACAUUUCCUAUAUGAUUGCCUUCAAUGCCAAUCCAUUGGGGACUGAUUGCCGGUUUGGGAAAGAGAAACUGUUUUGCACCCCCCAAUUUUCCGGAGUGUUACGACUUAGCCCUAGGGCGAUUGGCAAACAGCCCCCCAAAAACUACCCAAUCUAGAAAAUAUUUCAAUAUAAUUAUUGUCCGUGUAUUCUUUGUUAUGUCAUUGUUUGCAUAAGGUUUGCGGCGAUGCGUCAAAUUUGAAAUUGGCGCCAACAUGUCUACCAUAAAACGUUUUGAAAGCUUUA